AUGAAAGAUUGUGUUCGAAUUAUCUACUACUGUCACGUACAACGCUCGAGUGGCUGUCGUUACGAGAUGAGCGUAUGCAUCCCGAACAAUCCUAUGGAAAAGCUCCGAAUAGAUGAUUUCAACGAGCACACAUGUAAUCCGGAUGACACGCGGCUGAGGAGGCGUGCUAAACCUCAGAUUGAGGAUUUCGACAAGCCGAUUGAAAGACGUCGUCCGCCACUGGUAGCCAGCACCCCGAGAGAGGAAGUUGCAAUGCCAUACUCUUUCAAUGACUCGAUGAGGAAUUUUCUCAAUGGGCUCAAUGAUCACUUUGAAGCUGACAAUGAUUUGGAUAUUACUGAUCAG